ACAGUCAAGUCUUCAAACGCAGACGCGCUGACAAUGUUGAGCUAGAAGUCGUGACCUUCCCUCUCUACCUCAAGCAAACCUCUCUACGUCCUUCAAACCUGCCUUCGAGAUGCCUCGCGCAUCUCAUCCACCGUUGCAAGUCCCUGAAUCCUAUACCUCGCUGCCUGUUCGUCACAUCAGAGUCUCUCACGUCCCUGAAUCGUCUCCAACCGCGACACCAGUAGUCUUGAUCACACUGAACAGACCGGAAAAGCACAAUGCCUUCACAGAUGUCAUGCGCGAAGACCUCGAACGCGUCUAUGAGCUUAUUGACAUUGACCCGAGGGUCAAAGUGGUAGUCUUGACUGGUGCUGGAAGAAGCUUCUGCGCAGGUGCGGACCUUGAGAUUGGCUUUUUGGGAGCAAAAGACGAGACGGGCCAAGCAAGAAGACCAAAGACAGAGCGUGAUGUGGACCAUAGGGACGGUGGUGGGAGAACGUCUCUGGCCAUACAUCACUGCUCUAAGCCAACUAUUGCCGCUAUCCAGGGUGCUGCUGUUGGCGUCGGAAUCACGAUGUGCUUACCGGCUUGCAUUCGAGUUGCAUAUUCCAAGGCCAAGGUUGGGUUUGUGUUUAGCAGACGCGGAAUCAUCAUGGAAGCAUGCUCUCAUUACUUUCUCCCACGAUUGAUCGGACAUUCACGAGCAAUACACCUGACCACCACGGGCGGUGUGUACCCAGCAGAACAUCCGCUCUUUGGCACGCUCUUUUCCGAGACGUGCCCGACUCCAGAAGCCACGUUAACUCGUGCAUUCGAAAUCGCCGAUGAAGUAGCGAAGAACACCUCUACAGUUUCAACCAAGAUGAUGAGAGAGCUCAUGUACCGUGGUCCUGACAGUGCUGAGGGAGCUCACCUCCUUGAUUCCAAGAUUAUCCAUGGUAUGUUCGGCAGCAAGGAUAACGUCGAAGGUGUUGAGAGCUUUCUUCAGAAGAGACAAGUCAACUUCAGCGGCCAGGUACCCCAAGAUGCUCCCGAUGGAUAUCCUUGGUGGCAGCAAGUGGAUAUAGGCGACAAACCCGGAGAGAUGGUGCAGCCGAAAUCGAAACUCUGAGUGUUAUUGACUUAGGCUGUAUGGAAGUGAGGUCACCAGACUUGAGGCAGCUUUGGGACGGUAUUGGCAUCGGGUUGCCUU